UUGUCAACCCCCCAUGGGGGCUUUUCAGAGACAAUGAUAAAGAUAAUUAAAAAAAUACUCAAAGAUUAUCGAUAAACAAUCAUUGAAAAACUAUUUACUAGUUGUAUUCAGGGCAGUGGCUAGACCUUGCUUGGUGCCGAUCUAGAAUGGAACAGUAAGGCGCCUCCUUCCCUCCACUAGCCUGGGUGGACACCCUGGGCAAGUGUCAGUACACCCUUAACCUCCCUUAACCAGGGUUACGGUUCCACUGCCUUGUGGUGGCUAGGGAUAGCCAAAGGCUAUGGGAGCAAACCCUGAAAGAAAAACCGGAGUGGAAUCCCGAUAGGCGGUUGCAGGGCAUAUUUGUCACCUUCCAGCAACUCCUGCAUCCUGGUCCGUCCUCAGUCGUCUCGACCUUCUCUUGCCACUGGACCCGGCGCAUCAGGAAGAGAGAGUGAGGCUGAUCCUGCUUAAGUCUCCCUCACUUUAAUCCAAGUCACGCGCAAGUCAUGACAUCACCACCAGUUACUCUAUAAGUCCUGUGGCGAUGGGGAAACGGCGAAGCAGCAGGUGAGGAUACACUGGGAGCUGUAGUCGUGAACCUGCACACAGGCGGCUCAGGACAAGUGGUCGCCCUUCACUGGACCGAGGCAGCAGUGGAGUCCGGCAGCCUCCUGAGUGACCGAGCAGCCCUCUUUAGGACCGCUCUGCUCGCCUCCGUAGCAUGAGGACGGGGCUUGAAAAGGUGCCCUAAACAUAGCCUGCCUCAACUCGCCCUGGCCAGUAUACCGCGACUGGCGGGGAUCCCUUUUUUGCGGUCGAAACCAGAGAAAGGAGAAAACAAAAGCGCUCAUCUUAGCGUCUUGGAACGUUAGAACUCUGCUUGACAACACUAAAGCGAACAGGCCAGAGAGAAGGACUGCCUUAGUGGCUAGGGAACUUGAUCGCUAUAAAGUUGAUAUCGCGGCUCUCAGCGAGACACGCUGCGCCGACAAAGGCCAGCCGACAGAGACUUAUGGCGGUUACACAUUUUUUUGGAGCGGACGCAGCCGUGAAGAGCGGCGGGAGGCAGGAGUGGGAUUUGCCAUCAAAACGACAUAUGUCCAUAAACUCGCCUGCAUUCCUGAGGGUCUCAACGAUCGCCUCAUGAAAAUGCAGCUGCCACUUGGACAGAAGACAAAUGCCACCUUGAUAAGUGCCUACGCCCCAACCAUGACCAACCCUAACGAGAUCAAAGACAUAGCCUCUCUCCCAAAAUCAGAGAGGCUCAUCAUCCUCGGCGACCUCAAUGCACGCGUCGGCAAUGACCACCAAGCCUGGCCUAGAACCAUCGGAAAACAUGGAGUAGGAAAAUGCAACAGCAAUGGUCUCCUCCUGCUCAGUCUGUGCGCCUCACACGACCUGGCCAUUACCAACAGCAUGUUCCGCCUGCCAACCCGCAACAAGACAACAUGGAUGCAUCCUCGUUCAACGCAAUGGCAUCUCAUUGACUAUGUUAUCGCCAGGGCCAAGGACAGGCGGGACGUACGAGUGACCAAAGCCAUGUGUGGCGUCGACUGCUGGACGGACCAUCACCUGAUUGUCUCAAAAUUGAAUUUUCCUAUCCAGCCGAAGAGAAGGCCUCAGGGGAAGAAAGUCCCCAGAAGACUAAAUGUCAAAAAACUCAAAUGCCCUGACACUGUUCAAAAACUCCAACUAAACCUGGACAACAAACUCGAGAACCUCCAACCCAAUGUUGAAAGUGUUGAAGAGAAAUGGGCAUCAUUCAGGGACGCAGUUUACUCCGCUGCCCUGGAAACUUUUGGCCCUGCUACCAGACACCACCAGGACUGGUUCGACGAGAACGACAGUGAGAUACACUCUUUGCUCGAAGAAAAACAUCGUAUGCUGCGGCCCACCAGAACGACCCGACCAGCGUGGUGAAGAAAGCU